UGAUUUUCUUUUCUUUUUAUCCGGUGGUAGCCUAAACAGACAGACCUACAGCCUCCAGAUUACUCAGCACUUUACUGAAACUGACCGUGUGUCCUGGACAUCCGGGUAUUGGGGUCAAGAGAACCACGCAUGUGCUAAACAGUUCCGCCACAUUCGUAUCGAAGGUUAAAUGCCGGUGAAGUUUUACAAUAUUGUACCCAAAUCACAAGAGCAUAUAUGCCGCGUUUAAUAAUUAAUCUGAGCAUAGUGAGAAAUGCUCUGAGAUGACAGAAGUGAAGCGCUAAAGGAAGUGUCUGCUCGGGAGAGAGGUUGGAUAUACUGAACGCCUGUGCUUCAUUCUGCGCUCUUUAUUUUGUUUACCAUGUUAGGCACGUUAAAUAGGAUUUUGCGACCCGCGUUGAAACAGGCUCAGCUGCUGCCAUGGAGACACAAGAUGCAGAUCCGCGCGUGUUCUGCAACUUUUCAGCCACUUGAAAACUGCCUCGAGCUCAGCUAUGGAGGGGCGGUUAUGCAUUUUAACUACAUGUGGCUGCGGGAUCACUGCCGCUCUGCUUCUUCAUACAACUCCAAGACCAACCAGAGAAACGUGGACACCGGGAGCAUAGACCUCAACAUCCGUCCUGACAACACAAGUGUGCAAGAUGGCCAGCUCAUCCUCACCUGGCCUGGAGGUCAUGUGUCAAAGUACAGCCUUAGCUGGCUGGCUGAGAACAGCUAUGAAGGAAAGAGGCAGAGCUCCGUGCAGCCGCGCGUCCUCUGGAAUUCAGACAUCUAUACAAAUGCAAACGUAUCCUCCGCCAAAUGGGACAAAUUUAUGAGCUGUGACGAUGAAGUAAAGAAGUUUCUUCAAAACUAUCUUCUGUAUGGGAUCGCCUUUGUAGAUGAUGUUCCAGCUACAGUUGAGGCCACAGAGGCAGUGACUCAGAGAGUCAGUCUUAUCAGGGAGACUACAUAUGGAAGAAUGUGGUGUUUUACUUCAGAUUUUUCCAGAGGAGAUACUGCCUACAGCCAGCUGGCCCUGGACCGUCACACUGACACCUCCUACUUUCAGGAACCAUGCGGAAUCCAGGUUUUCCACUGCCUCAAGCAUGAAGGAACAGGGGGAAAGACACUACUUGUGGACGGGUUCUACGCCGCUGAAAAACUACGGCAACAGUCCCCUGAAAACUUUGAGCUGCUUGCCCGUGUGCCCAUCAGGCACGAGUACAUUGAAAACUCUGACGACCACCGAAACCACAUGACGGGCAUCGGCCCCCUGCUCAACGUCUAUCCUUGGAACAAUGAAAUGUACCUGAUCCGAUACAACAACUAUGACCGAUCAUUGAUAAACACAGUGCCCCAUGACGUUGUUCAGCGGUGGUAUGUGGCACAUCGAGAGCUGACGGCAGAACUAAGGCGGCCGGAGAACGAGCUGUGGGUGAAACUGAAUCCAGGAAAAGUGAUUUUCAUCGACAACUGGCGUGUCAUGCAUGGCAGGGAGUCUUUCACCGGCCUGAGGCAGCUCUGUGGAUGCUAUCUGACCAGAGACGAUGUCCUCAGCUCUGCACGCUGCUUUGGUCUGCAGGCCUGAUCCUGGACAUAAAGGUCCCUUCACCGAUGAGCCUACUGACUGUUUCCCUGGUCUGAACUAGGGUGCUUUCUUUUUGCAUCACUUUGUAAUCUUACUUCUGUUUUUCAGCUGAGGUGUGAUUACUUUGCUUAGAGCAGGGGUGUCAAACUCAAAUACACAAUUAAAACUUGAAUCAAAUCGCGGGCCAACAUUGAACAAAUAAACCUUUUAAUAUAUACCACACUUGUUUUGCUUUAACAUUCAAUAUGGAACCAGCAACGCUGAUAAACAUACAAUAUAUAACUAAAUAAAUAGCUGUUGUAGUACAAUAAUAAUAUAAUAAUUUGGUAUUGCCUC